CUCUCGCGCACUCGAGUCUCGAAUAGCCGUCGUUGCUCGGCAGCUCUCCAGAGUCCAGACCAGCCGAAGCGCUCCUCCGUGUCUGUCUCUCGCGGCGAGUCCGAACGUUCGGAGCUCGAGAAUCUCGGCGACGACGUGGUGCGGUCACGGUGUAUAUCAAAUAUAUACCCAUACAACAGUUUUGUGCGUGCGCGCGCUCGCUCUCUCUUUUUCGCUCCGCCUUCCGUCCGCAGAAGACUCCAAGUGCGCCCCAGGAACACAACGAGCUAUGCUGCAACAGGAACUUGGAUCCUCCGUGCGCGCCCCUUAGUUCUCUCUCUUUCUCGCACUCGCUCUUAUAUACAUACAGCUCACGCACGUAUAGCUAGAAAAGAGCGCGUCGCCUUCCCUCUCUUUUCUCCCACGUACACAUAUACACACAGCGACUACGAGUUAACCUCGAUUUCAUCGUUUGUGUGAGUGCGAGAGAUCGAGUGUGGAUAAAUAAAAAUAAGGGAAAGAGAGAGAGAGAGGAUAAUCGUCGUUUGCCCCUCGAGUACGAGGGCAAUUCAGGACGCAGUUCUGUGGUUCUUCCUGUGGCUGCUCCGUCGACCCGACGUGCUCGCCCUCGCCGUCGACUCGUCGUCGUCGUCGGAGGAAGAGGAGGAGAUAGUCGUCGCGCCCAGUCGUGCGACCCAGCAGCACUAUAAUGAUCAACAUGGAGACCGACAAGAUGCCCGAGGACGAGACCAGGACGCCCAGCAUGCAGGUGAGUCGUCGACGCGAGUCCAUCCGUAAUUAUUACCGUAACGCCAUUCCCUCCACGUACACGAGCACACAUGAUACAGAACCAUCAAUUAACUACCCGAUGACGAUACUGUACGACCCCGGCACGAGAAAGAAAGAGCCACCAUCCGCCAUAUCCGCACAGUUUACUCACGAGCGAGAUCAGUGCAUGAAGUACUUUGAGAAAUGGAGUGAGCCCGAGCAAGUGAACUUCGUCGAGCAGCUGCUGGCCCGUAUGUGCCACUAUCAACAUGGCCACAUCAACGCCUACCUGAAGCCAAUGCUGCAGCGGGACUUUAUUUCCCUCUUGCCGAAAAAAGGACUGGAUCACGUCGCCGAGGGUAUCCUCUCUUACCUUGACAAUGAGUCUCUGGCCGCAGCCGAACUCGUCUGCAAAGAAUGGCACAGAGUUAUCAGCGAAGGAAUGCUCUGGAAGAAGCUGAUCGAGCGAAAAGUCAGAACCGAUUCCGUCUGGCGUGGACUGGCCGAGAGGAGAAAAUGGAUCAACUUCCUGUUCAAGCCUCGUCUGGGCGAGAACCACCCGAACCACAGCUUCUACCGAAACCUCUUCCCCAAGAUCACGCGCGACAUCAAGAGCAUCGACAACAACUGGCGCAACGGCAUCUUCAACCUGCAGCGAAUAAACUGCCGCAGCGAGAACUCCAAGGGCGUCUACUGCCUCCAGUACGACGACCAGAAGAUCGUCUCGGGAUUGCGCGACAACACCAUCAAGAUCUGGGACCGCAACACCCUGCAGUGCGUCAAGGUGCUCACGGGACACACGGGUUCGGUGCUCUGUCUUCAGUACGAUGACAAGGCCAUCAUCUCAGGCUCGUCCGACAGUACGGUCAGAGUCUGGGACGCCAACACAGGCGAGAUGGUCAAUACACUGAUACACCACUGCGAAGCGGUGCUGCAUCUCAGAUUCAACAACGGCAUGAUGGUUACCUGCUCCAAGGACCGCUCGAUCGCCGUCUGGGACAUGACGUCGCAAACGGAGAUAGCGCUACGUCGCGUCCUUGUUGGCCACCGUGCGGCUGUUAACGUCGUCGACUUCGACGAGAAGUACAUAGUGUCGGCUAGUGGUGACAGGACUAUCAAAGUAUGGAACACGUCGACGUGCGAGUUCGUACGCACGCUCAGCGGCCACAAGCGUGGAAUCGCCUGCCUCCAGUAUCGCGAUCGCCUUGUGGUGAGUGGUAGCAGCGACAAUACGAUUAGACUGUGGGACAUUGAGUGCGGUGCGUGUUUGCGCGUUCUCGAGGGCCACGAGGAGCUCGUGCGCUGCAUCCGUUUCGACAGCAAGCACAUUGUCAGUGGAGCUUACGACGGUAAAAUAAAAGUCUGGGAUCUAGUAGCCGCAAUGGAUCCAAGAACAAUCACUACCAAUCUCUGUUUACGUACACUAGUGCAGGAGCAUACUGGGCGUGUAUUCCGGCUUCAGUUCGACGAGUUCCAAAUCGUUUCUUCCUCUCACGAUGACACCAUCCUCAUUUGGGAUUUCUUAAAUUGCAACCAGGACAAUUCCGGCAGUGAAAACAGUGCCACUGGGUUCCGUAGCAGUAACUCAACGAUCAACCUCAAUCAAUCGGACACCAGAUCUCUAUCUCCUGCAUUCGAGUGACGCAUCAAUACGAUGAUUCCUUUAUUGUGAUAUAACUACAAGUGGCUAGCAAGUGAUUUUAAUGCGUUCACGAUAACCUGCGCAAAGAAAGAACGAACGCAAGGGACAGGAUCCACCGCUAAAGUUGAACGCAAGUUAUCGUGAUUGGACAAAAGCUUGGAGAGGAGAACUCGGCCGAUGACCUUCGUUUCUCGAUUAAAGCGCGAAGAGAGAAAAGGCAUCAGAACCUAACCAAGGUCUCCGGAGUACAUAUAUUAUCCGAAAAAUCGACUUUCAUUAUUGCGGCGAAAAAGUAUACCCACUCAGUGAUAUAAGAACUGCGACACACGUAUUAUAUAUUCAAAUACAUCCCAUGGAUGUAAAAGAGGAAAGAACAAUUGAUUGUCCGCUUUAGCCCAAUGUGUAUUUACGGAAGCUCUACGCUCUAUAUGACAAAGUUGACCACUUUUUUCCUACUGCGAUGGGACGAAAAAGAAUAAACAAACAAAAAAAAAACAAAAAAAUAAAAAAAUAUAUAGACAAAAAGACUUACGCAACAAGGGGAACGUUUUUAGGGAGGCUGAUUAAAUGAAAUACUAGAUGUAUUAUAGUAAAAGAAUUUUUUUAUGUAAUUAAUUUAUGAUAAGGAGAAAAAGUCGUGAAGUGUUGUUUGCUUGGAGUACUUAUUUCAAUGUGCGUGUGUGUAUGCGAAGGUGUGAGUGCACAAGAAGAAAAUACUGAAAAACGAGAAAAAAAAAAAAUUCAUGUCACUUCGUAAAUUGAUAAAGUCUUAUGGAUUAAAUUGCUAGUCGUCUAGCAAAGAAAAAUCACGUGCGUUAAUAACAAACUUUAAAUGUACAGCGAGUAUUUUUCUUCAAAAAAAGAGACUUAAUGAUGUGUUCUUUUUUCUGGCGAAAGGCUCACAACAUUUUACUGACGACAGGCUAAAGCGACAAAAAGCGUACGUUCCAAAAUCAUUGUUUGCGCAUCAAAGCCUUAGCUACGACGCAAUGCCAUUUAUAGUUCGAAUUGUUCUUUGUAUCCAAAAUUUGUAAAUAGUGAGGUAAUCUAUGAGCGCAUUUUAGUUUGUGUCGAAAUAUGAAUAGUCCUUUUAAACUCAAAAACAGCUAGUAAUAAUAUUCAGAAUUUUGCUCUUAGAAAUGUCAUUACUUUUAAAAUUCUAGAUGUUAAUUUAUAAGAAGAGUAUGAACAUUAUCAUAUAACGAUACUCUUUUUUACUUUUACGUUUAUGCAUUAAAUUUAUUAACUUUGUACUCAUUUUUUAAAAUAAAAGCAGUACAAAAAUUUGCAUCAGCAAAACUUGAAAAAAAUUGUAAUGCUUAGGUACCAAUUUUUACAACGGUUUAGAACGAUUAAUUUUGAAUUCACGUUUGAUUGCUAGAGAGAUUAUACGUUUCAAGAUAAAUGUUGAAUUGUACAAGAAUUUUUUUACCAAUGGCCAAGAUUGAUUGCGAUUUCAUUGGGUGCUAUGAAUGAAAUCGCUUUUUUGCUGAAACGACUAUGGUUUUCUUGCAAAACCUUAUAGUCACAUGUUCAUUUACAAAUUUUCCUAUGAAAAAGGAAAUUUAGUAUCGAUCGUGUAUUAAUUGAACAAACAGCGUCUGUGUGUAAAUAUUAAAAAAAUUCCUGAUCGUUCGCAAUAACAAGAAAUUCAUAAUAGCGAUUUAAUCUCGUAGAUUUAACAAAAUAACUAAAAUAAAAAACAGACUGAAAAAAUAAUUCGUGACAGAUGUGAGUGUGGUUUUCAAUUUAUUCAUAAUCUCUCGAUGUAUUUUAAUUUUGCUGUAGGGAUUCUCCUUUAAAAGAACGGAUAAAAUCUAUAACUGUGUCUCUGAAAAAUUCAUGUACAUAAUCCAAUAAAUUAGUCACGCCACAAAAGUUAAAAUAAAAAUUUCCACAGUAAACGUGUUAAUCAAUAGCGAGAAUUACAACAGUUUCAAACUUGAAAAUUUAAAAAAAAUUUUAAACUCAAAGUUUUAACAAUUUAAAAAAUUGGAUAAAGCAGGUAGAUCUUGCAAUUAGUUAGCGGAAUCGUCAAAAUCAUGCAAUGAUGAAUGGAAGAACGUCAAGGCUGUGCCGAGUUUAUCGAAAAUAAUCUGCUUCUUAUUUGUUUUUUGUAUGUUAGCCGUUAGAUCCUGUCAAUGUACGAUUUGUCGAUGCUCUCCACAAGUAUGAUUUGUCGAUUCUCCUACAUACUCCGAUUGUAACAUACUUAAUACAACGCAAAAAUGCCGAGUUUGCAAUAAUUAACUGUUCAUAUUUUUGUUCUGAGCCCUGUAAUGACAAAAUUAAAACUAUUGCGAUUCAAAAAAAGUGGAUGAGUGUAUUAAAGAUUUAGAAGAUAAGUUAAUAUGUAAUCUCUGAAAUAUAGCAAUGGCAUAAGAAAAUUCCAUUUGAGAUCUCUUAUCAACGUA